UUGAUUGCAAAGCUGAGAUGAGUCAUCAGUUUGAUCUGAAGAGACGAACCCUCUUCCUUGUUCCUUUAGUUGUUCCCCUGCCUCUGGCUGCUUCAAGUCCGAGUCUUUCCGUCACCUGAGAGCUGGCUCUGGCUCCUCGCCUCACUCACCUGCUCCUAUCUAUUCAAGAAAAUGCUACCAGAAAAAGAGGAUUACCGAGAGAGUUUAGCUGUAAUGGAGAAGGUGAAAUUGGAACCUCUGGAUUUUGAUUCAGCCCACCAGAAUGAGUGUUCCAAUAAGAGAAUUCGAUUAGAGGCUUCUAACACUCUCAUCCCUCUGACAAGUGAAGUGGCAAUGAAGGAUGUGAAAGUAGAAGCUCCAGGUUAUGAUUCUGGUGGGAACCGUGGGAUAAGAAGGAGUAGCAGGAAAAGACCCCACUCAGAAGUUUCUAACACUCCAAAGAAGCUGAAAAGUUCUUUGGUGAAAAAGAAAACUAACCGAACUUCGAGGAGGUUUUUGAAGAAAAAAAGGAUGAGGAUAGAUAGGCCUAGCAAGUCUGUGAGGAAGAAGGUUAAAUCUAGUCAUAUGGAUGAGACCUAUGAAGCAUUUCUAAACCUCGCAUUGAUGUCUGGUGAUCAGAUGAUCUACACACUCAAGAAUUGUAGAAGGUUCAUUUAUGAGAAAGAUAUGCAGAGUGCAUCAGAUUCAGAGGACUGCAAUCGAUGUGAUGGAUAUCGUUCCUCUUGUGUGAAGACCAAGGCUGCAACAAACAGAGCUUCGGGGAAGGGUGUGAUGAAGAAAAACAUGAGCUGCCCUAAGAACUACCAAGAUACUUCCGCAGGCUCAGAUCGAAAUGAACAUGAUAGUCAUCAACCAGAUCAAUAUAGCGCCUCGCAUGCAAGUGAGUAUGAAGUAUUCAUAACUUUUCUUGAGGUGGCUGGUAAAAACUUGGUUUAUACACCCAGCAAUGGUGCGGAAAAGAUAUAUGAGGAGGUGGAGACUACAUCAGGUGCAGCAACUAAUGCAGAGACAAAUGCAAUGCACAGGGAUCCACUUGAUACUUUUCAUACGAAGGGCAAAGGCACUUGGCCUGAAAUUAAGAGUCAUAACCUGUUCAGGGAGGGGCUUAUGAAGGAUCUUAAAAGGCCUUACAACCAAGAAGAGUAUGUCAAGCUCUUGGAAACUUGGUGUGACCAAGGGCCAAGUCACCAUGAGACAGAUCUGUCUAAUGGAAUGGAAUCGUGUCAAACCCCAAGAGAGUAUGGAAAAUCAUAUUUACAUGUGCACAAAGAUCUGGCAGCAAAGAUUAAUGCAGCUAACGGUGAUCACCCUAGGACAUUAAGUCUCCUGCGGGGGUUGUUCUACUGGGAGAAAAACAAGUCUAAGGAAGGAAGCUUUAUUCCUUGGAAGAACAAAAGAUGUUUGAAGGCAUUGCCGCAGCCUGAGGAAGAUAGGGUCACCCCAGCUACAGAUGGGAGUCCUCGUGUUAAGUCUGAAAUGUGACGGAGCAAAUCUUGAGUGCACCUGUUGUAAUUAGGCUGUGUCAUGCACAUUUUAUGUAUCGCGCAUUGAAAGUAGUCUGUGGUUUGGCACACUUGAUGCACGAUGUAGCUCUUUAUCCGUCAAUGCAGUCAAUAGUGGUUCUGUUCUGGAGUAGUUGUAAUAGCCGGUUAGAACAAAGAGGUGGAAUAAUUGUGUUGUCAUUUGCUUAAUCAGUCUUUAAUCCCAUC